UGGUAGACAUGAAGUACUUCACGGCUCUUAUUUCCCUGUUCAUCGCUGUAUCUCUGGCCUUGGCCCAAGAAAGCGAUGCCAAUGAAAACAAGAAUGUAAUACACAUUAACUAGAACGCCUAAAUUGCGAUAAAAUAAAAAUAUAGUCUUGGGGCGAUAAACUAAA